CGUUACUCGCGAAAGUACUUUUUUUUAACCCUAUUAUUGCAAAAUUUAUAAAUUUAAUAUCAAAUAUACAACAAUUAAUAAUAAUAAAACAAAAAUCUAACAAUAAAUGUGAUUAUUAAAUUUAAAUAAAUAAAAUAAUGAGAUUAUUUAAACGUAAAAUUAAAACUCAUAAAAUAAAAACUUAAUAUUUGAAUUUAAAUACGCAUCGAUAGCUGAUCAACGUGCGAGGCGGGAUUAAAUAGGCUUUAGAUGGAAUAGCAGCCAUUUUAGUGUUUCAAAUUUUUUUUUUUUUAUUUUUAUAAUUUAAUUAAAAUAUUUGUUUACUUUGAAUUUAAUUUGAAUUUAAAUAAUAAUUUACAAUGUGGACUGAGUGUAAAGUUUACACGGGGACAGAGUUUAAAAAUAAUAUCGCUCAUACGGAAUGUACUGUAGUGAAGUGAUUUUUUUUUUUUUUAAAUGUAUAAAAGUAUAUGGCGUUUUAAAAAGCUGGUUUGUUAAAUAUUUAACGAGAACGGCAUAAAAACUGCUGCGCAGUUUCGGUGUUGCGUAGUUAGAAAAGAGAGUACGUGGUGUAGAUGUCAUGUGUGAGUGCGAGGUAAAUUCUGAUGGAUUUCCCGCCUCUCUUUUAUGCGCACACUCCUCUGAGGUGAAGAUUUUUUAAAAACUGUCAACUUAAAAUUUGAAUUUUUUUUUAUUUUCUUAUUUGAUUUUCAAAUGUUUCAGAUAAAAAUAAUGAUGAUUAAUUUUGAAAAAAAGUUAAUGCCAAGAGAUUAAAGACGAGAUCAUUUUUAAAAUAAAAUUUAGUAUCAUACAGUGGCAUGCAUGCGUUUGUACGUUACGCGUUAUCACAAAACGUGGGAAGUAAAAAAAAAAAAUUGACGUAUUGUGUCGUGACUUGCGACCGUGUUCCUCUUUGUGUGCUUCUACGACAACUUACUGAUGUAUGUACGUUAAAAGUUACGUAACGAGACUGUCGAUAAGAAAUUUCCGUCUUGCUCUUUGAAAAAAUUCCUCAUUAUUCCCCACUACGGGGUAAUGAUACCAGUUUAUUUUUAAUUCACCACCAAGUACGUAAAUUAUCAAGUAAAAAAAAAAAAAUCUUAAACUAUUUUUAUAAUUACAAUAAUAAUAAUUACACACUUGGUAAGUGAAAGUGAGUGGACAUUAAAGUCCACGUGAUCGUGAGCGCAUUAAAAAACUAAAUAUAAAAUGAGAUAAUUAAAGAAAUGAUAUAAAAAAACAGAGCUAAAAUAAAUAAUGUCAAUUGAAAAGGGAUUAAAGUGGUUGUGGUAACGCUCGUAAAAAUUGAGCACGUGAAGUCGCUUUAAAAUUUACGAUUCAUACACCUGAAUCACCAGAAUUCCACGUGUCUUUUUUUUGUUCUUUUGCCACAAGAUAAAUAUCUUGUACUAAAAUUCAACGGAUAAAACUAUAGACAUUUUAAAUAACGUUUAAAUAAUCUCUUUUGUACACCGAAUAGCAGCUUAAUUGUGCUGAUAAAAUUAUGUGAUAUCGUGAUUGCCGAGAAAAAAAAAAAGAAGAAUAAAUUUUUAUUUUUUACAAGACUUGAAUGUUUUAUCGUACGUUGAAACAGUUGACCAUGUGUUUUUACGGCUUUCCCAUGACGCCACGCCCGCGAGAUUAUCAAAAUGGAGACUGGAAAGACGGGUUUUCGAUUAACAAACUUUGAGCAACUGACAACUUGUUGGACGAAUAUUAGUAGAAAUAUUCCGUGGCGCUAUAGACAAUGGAACGGAUUUAAAUGUCACGGAAGUAAUGCAACCCGUCCACAAAUUAGUCCACGACACAGAAUCAGCAGUAAGAUUGGAAUUGGUUGAACAGCUGCCGCACGUCGCUAUGAUUUGCCAAGAAGCCCCAGACAAAUAUGGAGAUAUUUUAUCAACUCAUCUUAUCCACAUUAUCGUUAGUUUUCUUCAAGAUACUGACCAACAGGUACGACAAUCAACUCAUACUGCGCUCUUAACAUUAAUAGAACGUGGCCUCUUGGACAAAAAUUCUGUUGAAAAUGUCGUUGCACCAACACUUUUAAUGAUGGGAACACAACCAGCAAAAUUGGAGUACAUUAAUUUUGCAAUUGAUGGAAUGAGCAAAGUUGCUUCUAUACUCGAACCUCAAACAGCAGAGAGACUUUUUUUACAACGUUACCUGUCAUUAUGCACAGACAUUAAUUUCUUUAUACGUAAAUUAUGUGCGAUACAUUUUGGCGAAUUUUCAACAGCGAUGUCUAAAGAAACAAUGUAUGACAUAUUGCUGCCGGCGUAUAUAAAUUUAUGCAAAGAUCCAGUUUGGACAGUAAGAAAAUCAUGCGCAGAAGUGAUAGUAUCAGUAGCCUGCUGUGUCCCGAUUGAAUUACGUCGUACAACAUUGUCCACGAUAUUAGCUAGUCAUCUAGAAGAUGAGUCCAAGUGGGUUAGAUUAUCAGCUUACCAAAUGCUUGGUCCUUUUAUAUCAACCUUUGCUAAGAAAUUCACUGGAAUUGCGUAUAAUCAUUACGGUGAACUCAUACUUACAGACCAGCAUGGUACUGAGCUCAGGUAUAACAUGGUAUCUUUUGCUGGUUCAGGUGAGUCGGCGAUGUCAUGUAAAUCAGCAUCAGACGAAGAUUACGACCAAGACAACGAAAUGAUGAACAACACUAUGUCUGGGAACAACCAAGAAGACAACGUAGACAAAUGCCGAAGGAAAAUGGGUGGUAGAAGCAAAAUAUAUCAAAAAAUAGUAGCUAAGGAACGCGCUGCUAACUUACCCAAGAAGCAGUGGAGCAGCUUGGGUUCACUAAAUAAAACAUCAAAUUACGAAGAUUCUGCUGAUGAAGAUCACCAUCAAUUCAACUCAUUUCUCUACUACUACAUACCCCCACCAGAUUUACCUCCACUAGACAAUGAUCUCAUUGAAAUUAAUGCCAAUGGUUCAUCAGCUGUCGGUGAAAAUUUAAAAGACCAAGAUGAUUCACUCAAUGAAUCUACGGAUGGCAAAAUAAAGACAGAGACAGAAGAAACCGAGACUGUAACUGAAACUGGGACUGAUACUGAUAGAAAUUCUCUGGAUAAUUCCGAUACCCCCCGCAAUAAUACCGACGUUAAACCAAGUAAUGAAAUUAAUAGCAAUGAUUUUCAGGAUAGCAAAGAAAUUAAGAACGAAAAAAAUAAUGAGACUGAAAAAAAUCCUUGUUAUAAAGAUGAUAAAGAUAACGAACAAGAUAAUGGACAGUACGAAGAUGAAGAUAAAGAUUUACUAAAUAAUAGUCAAAACAAUUCAACAGACGAUUACAAAUUGAUGAGCGAAACAAUAAGUAUAUCAAAUACUUCAUUAGAUUAUAGUAAUUUCGAGUCAUCAGAUACAAAACAACGUAAUAAUUAUUCUGUCAAUCCAUCAGAUAGUGAUAAUAACCAAACAAUAGUACCACAAGAACUGAUUAAUUUUUUUGUAUCAAUGGCUGAACCAGAAGCAUGGUGGAACUCCAAGUGGAAUAACGCCGAAAUACCCCGUUUCUGUGCGUUUUAUUUUCCCGCAGUUGUCUUAACACUCGGCAAAGAAAACUGGCCAAUGUUGAAAACAGCAUACGGAUAUUUAUCAGACGCACGUGAAUACAAAGUACGUCGUACAAUGGCAUCAAGUAUCCAUGAGGUAGCGAUGAUACUAGGUGAGGAAUUAUCAGCCCAAGAUUUAUUGCCUAUUUACGAUGGAUUUAUAAAAGAUUUAGACGAAGUAAGAAUAAGUGCACUGAAACAUUUAGCGACAUUUUUAAAAGUAUUAAAGCCAGCAGAUCGCUGUCAUUUUUUACCCCGUCUCAAAGCAUUUUUAUCAAUAGACAAUGAAAGCAAUUGGCGAUUUCGCGAGGAAGUUGCUUGUCGUCUACUUGAAUCUGUAUCACUCUACAGUACCAAUGACGUUGCUAAAUAUAUCGCGCCACUGUCAUUCCCACUUUUAGUCGACAAAGUUGCCGCGGUGAGACAAAUGGCACUUGAACUUGUUACUCAAAUAAUUUCAUAUUUGUCAAGCGAUGACAGUUUGGUCACAACAAUAAUACAAGAAUUGAGAUCAAUGUUGACUGCCAGCUCAUCGCGUUGGACAUGUAGACAAACAUUUGCAUUACUCUGUGCCUCGUUGAUAAGCAAAGAUGCCAUUAGCGGUGAAAAAUUUUCAAGUGAAUUAUUGCCGUGGCUUUUAGAUUUAUCAUCAGACGUUGUGCCUAAUGUCAGAUUAGCUGUUAUCAGAACACUGACGACGCAAGUUGUUAACAUAAGCAAUAUUCUUAGUGAGGAAGAGGUUGAAUUGAUAAAUAAUAAGGUACAAAUAUCACGGGAAGAUCCUGAUCGUGAUGUCAGAGCAAUUGCUGGCGGUAGUGUCGGUAAAUAUCAGGCAUUCAAGUGGCCAGAAGUUAGAUCUAUUGCUAAUGUCAAUAAUAAAAGACAGUUGGAUGGUAAUUAGGGGUUUAAAAAAUUUUUUUUUCCAUGUCAAAACUCAUGUCCAUGUAUCUUCAAUUGAUUAAUUCAUUAAUUAAUACGUAUGGAGUUAUAAUUAAAAAACAAAAUCUUUUAAUAAAUUUAACAGAGCAAUUAAUUAGCCUAGAUUUUGUUAUUGUUUUUUAGUGCUCACUAUUUUAUUUAAUAACUGAGUAAAUAGUGUAAAAAAAAAUUCGUUGACGGAUAUUAUUUGUUUUAUCACGAAUAUAAAUAUAUAUUAAAAUAAUGAUAAUUAUUAAUAUUAAUGAUAAUAAUAAUAAUCAGCAUUUGUAUUUAAAGCUCAAAUUUAACACGAAUUUGGUGAUAUUUUUAUCCAAAUCGUCAGACGUUUUAGUGCUAAAAUUUUUUACUGCCCAUUAAUAAAAUAAAAAAAAAAAAAGUUGAAUAUUUAGAAAUCGAGCGAUUAAAUUUUUUCAAUAAAUAAUUAAAUUGUUAAUUAAGUAAAAAAAUUUCUAGGCAUUUUUUUAGGUAGCAUUGAAAAUAAAAAAUUUUUUAAAAUUUUAUAGGCUUUGUAAUUCAUGAAAUUUUUUUGCCGCAAUUUUAAUCCACGGGUCGGUGAAAUACUCGACUGAUUCCAUUUAAAUAAAAUAUGUAAUUUUUUUUUUUUUUUAUGUCUUUUUAUAAAAUUUUCCAUUCAUUUUUUUUUAUUAUGAAAUAAAAUAAAAUCGAUUUUGUUGUAAUAAAGCGUGAAUGUGUGACGUGUAAAUGUCCAUCCGACAGGAAAGAUUUGAAAAAAAAAAAAAAAAAAAAAAAAAAAAAAAAAAAAAAUGAAAA